UAAGAGGAGUGGCCAUGGGGGACCCUGGACUGUCCAAGCUGCAGUUCGCCCCCUUUAAUAGUGCCCUGGACGUUGGCUUCUGGCACGAACUGACCCAGAAGAAGUUGAACGAGUAUCGCCUGGACGAGGCACCCAAAGACAUCAAGGGCUAUUACUACAAUGGUGACUCUGCCGGCCUCCCCACCCGCUUGACAUUGGAGUUCAGUGCUUUUGACAUGAGCGCCCCGACGCCUGCCCGCUGCUGCCCGGCCAUGGGAACCCUGCACAACACCAACACACUUGAGGCUUUUAAGACUGCAGACAAGAAGCUCCUUCUGGAGCAGUCAGCCAAUGAGAUCUGGGAAGCCAUAAAGUCAGGUGCUGCUCUCGAAAACCCCAUGCUCCUCAACAAGUUUCUGCUCUUGACCUUCGCGGACCUAAAGAAGUACCACUUCUACUACUGGUUUUGCUGCCCUGCCCUCUGUCUUCCUGAGAGCAUCCCUCUAAUCCGGGGACCUGUGGGCUUGGAUCAAAGGCUUUCACCAAAACAGAUCCAGGCCCUGGAGCAUGCCUACGAUGACCUGUGUCGAACUGAAGGCGUCACAGCCCUGCCAUACUUCUUAUUCAAGUACGAUGACGACACCGUGCUGGUCUCCUUGCUCAAACACUACAGUGAUUUCUUCCAAGGUCAAAGGACAAAGUUAACAGUUGGUGUGUACGAUCCCUGUAACCUAACCCAGCACCCUGGAUGGCCUUUGAGGAAUUUUUUGGUCCUGGCAGCCCACAGAUGGAGCGGCAGUUUCCAGUCCGUUGAAGUUCUCUGCUUUCGGGACCGCACCAUGCAGGGAGCAAGAGAUGUGACACACAGCAUCAUCUUUGAAGUGAAACUUCCAGAAAUGGCGUUUAGCCCAGAUUGUCCUAAGGCAGUUGGCUGGGAGAAGAACCAGAAAGGAGGCAUGGGUCCGAGGAUGGUGAACCUCAGCGGAUGUAUGGACCCCAAAAGGCUGGCUGAGUCAUCCGUGGAUCUGAAUCUCAAGCUGAUGUGCUGGCGAUUGGUCCCCACCUUGGACUUGGACAAGGUCGUGUCUGUCAAGUGCCUGCUGCUGGGAGCUGGUACCUUGGGGUGUAACGUGGCUAGGACACUGAUGGGCUGGGGCGUCAGACACGUCACGUUUGUGGACAACGCCAAGAUCUCCUACUCCAAUCCCGUGAGGCAGCCUCUGUAUGAAUUUGAAGAUUGUCUAGGGGGUGGCAAGCCCAAGGCCCUGGCUGCAGCAGAGCGGCUCCAGAAAAUAUUUCCCGGAGUGAAUGCCAGCGGGUUCAACAUGAGCAUUCCCAUGCCCGGACACCCUGUGAACUUCUCUGACGUCACGAUGGAGCAGGCCCGGAGAGAUGUGGAGCAGCUGGAGGAGCUCAUCGAUAGCCACGAUGUCAUCUUCCUGCUAAUGGACACCAGGGAGAGCCGGUGGCUUCCUACUGUUAUUGCAGCCAGCAAGCGAAAGCUGGUCAUCAAUGCUGCCUUGGGGUUUGACACCUUUGUUGUCAUGAGACAUGGCCUGAAGAAACCCAAGCAGCAGGGAGCCGGGGACCUGUGCCCAAGCCAUCUUGUAGCACCUGCUGACCUGGGCUCCUCACUUUUUGCCAACAUCCCCGGAUACAAGCUUGGCUGCUACUUCUGCAAUGAUGUGGUGGCCCCAGGAGAUUCCACCAGAGACCGGACUCUGGACCAGCAGUGCACAGUGAGCCGCCCAGGCCUGGCCGUGAUUGCAGGAGCCCUGGCUGUGGAGCUGAUGGUUUCUGUCCUGCAGCAUCCUGAGGGGGGCUACGCCAUCGCCAGCAGCAGUGAUGACCGCAUGAAUGAGCCUCCCACCUCGCUGGGGCUUGUACCUCAUCAGAUCCGGGGUUUUCUGUCACGGUUCGAUAAUGUCCUUCCUGUCAGCCUGGCAUUUGAUAAAUGUACAGCCUGUUCAUCCAAAGUUCUUGAUCAAUAUGAGCAAGAAGGAUUCACCUUCCUGGCCAAGGUGUUUAACUCUUCACAUUCCUUCUUAGAAGAUUUGACCGGUCUUACACUGCUCCACCAAGAGACCCAAGCUGCUGAGGCCUUCAACUGGCUCAUGACUUAGGAACAGUGCAGGGGUUGGGGAGGGCGGAGGAUCUCACUCCUACACCAUACUACCACAGGUAAGCUGUGGAAAAUUAAUUCAGAAAUUAGCUUACAGCAUCCAGCCCUGAGCCACUUCAGGACAAAAUAUUCCAUUUAUAGCCACAAUCAUGAUAUGCAAUGGCCACAGUACCCAUAUCCUAAGCAGAUGAGCUGUGUGCUUGCUGAGUUGAUGGUUUUUCUGAUGCUGUGAGAAGGGGUAUCUCGAAUUUAGAGGAACAGUAGGAGCUCUGAGCAUCCUUUUUCAUAGUUCAGUGGUGGCUUAAAAAUCAUCACGCAACCUCGUGUCCCUUGUGCCCUGAUAUCUCUGGUCUCCCUCAGGGAAGCUACACAGCUCAGUCAGUUUCUCUCAUUUGCCAGCUUGCAGGUAACACUUCUGCUACCCAAGUACUGUGCUGUAAGAUGCACAUCAAGGCUGCACACUGAUUUCU